AUGACAACAAAAAUCAUUCAAAAUUUGACAUCUUUUAAAUCAACAAUUUUUAUUCCCAUUGAAAAACCCUCUCGUUUUUCAUAAAAAUUACCAGUGAAAGUACAAAAACUAAAUUUAGUAAUGUUCUGCAGUGAUUUUAGGAUCAAAUCUCAUAAAAUCCACCCGAAUCAACAACAGUAUUUAUUUUGACAUAAGAGAGGUUAUGUUUGACUAUUUUUGGUGAUUAAACACAAAGAGCCCCAAAAUGAUAUUAUCAACGACUUACGCUUUAACCAGUCGUUUAUGUAAUUGUAUUAAAUCCAACAUUCGUCAAUACGCUACCAUUUUAACAGAACAGUUUGAUGUCUCUCAAUUUUGUACUGUUGUCAUAAAUAGCCCUUGUAAUAUUUUCGUCCACCCUUUGGAUGUGUUUAGCGAUCAAAAUAAGGUUAAAGUUAGCGUCGAAUCUACAGAUAUAAGAAAUUUGCCCAGCGUUAAAUAUGAUAAACAAGGAGACACAGUUGCUAUUCGAUCAGGCCCCAAUGCUAAUUGUAAAAACUUAACACUUAACGUUUUUGCCUCUUUAAAAGCCAAUUUGGAUAUCACUGGAUAUGAUUGUCCUAUAAUCAUAGGGAAUUUCUAUGGUAGGUCAAUCAUGGCCAAUAGUGAGUCAGGUGAUAUUUCAUUGGGAAAGUCGCAAUGUGAAACCAUUGAUUUAUCUACUAACGGGGGUAAUAUUACUUGUAAGGAAUUAACACAAGCUGGAACACUUAAAUUAUCAACGUUAGGAAAAGGGUCAAUAACUACUGAUAGAUUACAAGCUUUAGCGUUAAGAGCAAAAACAGUUUCUGGCGAUAUUACAGUUGGUUCGUCUUAUUGCGACGAAAGCAAAUUUGAAACAGAUUUUGGUAUAUUACGAUUAAAAAAUGUACAUAGAAACGUCAAUAUAAACAUAAAUAACGAAGGAUUAUUAAAUAUAACUGGUUUAGAUGGUGUUUUAAAAGCAAAAAUAAAGAAAGGUUUGGUAGAUGUCCAAGUAGCGAGAUUUGCUCGAUCCUCUGAAAUUGUAAUGGAAGAUGCGGGGUCAUUAAUUUUACGUUUAUCUGAGGAGUGUCAGAAAAACACGUUUGUAAAAUUAUUGACGAAUCAUUUCGUCAUCGCCGGAGGUGUAAAUAUGAAAGCGGAAAAGGAGAAAGAUAUGGGUAUAUUAAUUCCAACGGGUAAUCAAGAAAUCGAUGCUACUUUAUUAGCUAAUUGUAAGAACGCCCAUGUUCUAAUCGAUAGUUCCUCAUGGUCCAAGAUGUUUGAACAAUCAGUGAGAAAAGCGUAAAUCUAAUUUCGUCAAAGUUAUUUAGUUUUAAAAGAGUUUAUUUAUUUUGGGUACUUCAGCAAACAUUGAAAAUCAAUGGGAAUAAAUAUUAAAAAAAGUA